CUUCGGAUCGUUUGCGUGCAUUGUCGUUUGAACGAUAGACGCCGCGUCCAUGCAAAAGUUGGGAGGAAAGACUGCAGGCCAGCUCCGGAUUCAGUCUUGUCGCUGGCGCGCGCAAAUAGAAGGCACGUCGUUUUCGGUGCGUUCUCGCUGCCACGCCCUGUGAACACACUUUCCUUUCCUUGUUUCUCUGUUUUUACUUCACACACCUCUUCCUUCUGGACAUCAGACUUUUCUCUGUCAGGCGCUCUCUCGGGUGUUGCUGGUUCCAGCGAAUCCGGUGUCCCGAAGAAACUCCCCCGUCGACUGCACUGGGUCGCGUGGAUUGUCUCGCUGCUUCCCUUGCGUACGCGCUGAAAGGCUUUUGUGGAUUUCUUUGCCUCGCAAAGUAAGACAGCGGAGUUUCAACUUUUUGUUUGCCGCUCGGUCGUGGAUACGUCUUCCCUGGAGCGCGCAUUGCAAGGCGGUCGAGGACGCCGCACUUCCUCUCGAUUCCUUCUUUUCCCACUUCUCGCGCAGCAAAACGCUUGGUAGAACUGUCUGCAUCUUGCGUAGCCUCCGUCGUGAAAGACCCUCUUUCAAACGCAAGAAACCGGGCGUUUCCUAAACCCAAAAAGGCGUCUCUCUGAGUUCUUCCGCCUCCGCUCUGACCGCGCCCUCUCCAGCCCUUCUUCUCCAGCUCAGUCGGACCUCCGUUCUACAUCAUUCGCGUCUCUCCUCGAUUUCCUCGGUUUUUUUAUCUAACACGCACUCAGCUGUCGCGAGUAUCUCACGUUACACCGCGAGCGCCGGGUCCUGGCUUCUCAGGCUGCGGGGGCAGUCUCGCGGGUCAAAGAGCGGCUGCGUUUCGCUCGUCUGCGACGGCUUGUAUUUCUUCCUUGGUUGCUGGACGACCACAGAAAGUUCGUUUCCUCUCUCUGAGUCAAAAUAUCCAUUUCGGCGUCUCCCGGCUCGCGUCUGGACACACGUUUCUCGUCCUUUUCACGAGUUUCCCGUCUAAUUUGUUUGGCUAGCUUCACCGCUGUUGUCGCCAAGACUCAAAACAUCAUCGCUCGAAAGACUCAAGUUGCUCCCACCCCACGCUCCUGUCCCCCACUGGCUGCGACCGUCCGAACUGCCGCUUCUUUCACUUUCGAGUCCGAGUCUUUGUCUAGCAACUGUUGAGCGGUCCUCCCUCUGUGCUCCACGGCUUUGACAUCACGUGGAACCCAGACUGGCUCACCUCUGUUCGCUUGGUUGUGGUGGUCGCCUUUCCCGCCGGGCUGUGCCUUUCUGCUCGCUCUCCGACAAAUCUUCGGGGUGUCUGUACACUCGGGAGCCUUCGCAUUUCACACCACGCGUUCGCGUCAGAGCGGUCGCUCGUGAGUUGCCCGGCAGUCUUUCGCUCUCACACUUCCCUUGAAACCUCUCUCCGCGUCCUGGAAGGACAUUCGGUUCGCGAGAAACCCUCAGGAAGUCUCUGGGACUUGUUUUCCUUCGUUUCGAGCGAGUGGUGCCCCAGGCGUCUCGUCAACAUGGCGGAGGCGACAGUUGCGGGGUUGAACAAAUACAAACUUGUUUUCCUCGGCGAACAAGCCGUGGGCAAGACCUCCAUCAUCACUCGCUUCAUGUACGACACCUUUGACAACAACUAUCAGGCCACGAUCGGCAUCGACUUCUUGUCCAAAACUUUGUACCUGGAAGACAGAACUGUGCGUCUCCAGUUAUGGGACACUGCGGGCCAAGAGCGCUUCCGGAGCUUGAUUCCGUCUUAUAUUCGGGACUCGUCUGCCGCCGUGGUCGUGUACGACAUCACAAACCGAGCCUCGUUCCUCAAUACAACCAAGUGGAUCGAGGAUGUCCGAGCAGAACGCGGAAAUGAUGUUAUCAUUUCUCUGGUCGGCAACAAGACUGACCUUGCAGACAGAAGACAAGUAUCCUACGAGGAGGGACGCCAGAAGGCCCAAGAGCACGACAUUAUGUUUGUCGAGACAAGUGCAAAGGCGGGCUACAACAUCAAAAAUCUUUUUCGGAAGCUGGCUUCGGCGCUGCCAGGCCUUGAAACGCAGCAAACCGCCAGCGACGCACAAAUGGUGGACGUACAGCUGAACGCAACUCCUCAGCAACAAGAUCUGACGAGCAAGACUUCAUCCUGCUCUUGCUGAAAGCAGAGUUUUUGAAUCUCUUGCGUCUCUAAAUGCGCGUCUGUCGCCGCUGGAUGGGGCAGUCUUUCUUUUACAUUUCUGUACGGAGCAUUCUUUGUCCUCGGGCAAAACUGCCUUUCUAAGUCUCGCCAUCUUUUCCGUCUGACCCCGUCAGCGGAAUUGUUUUUAUGCGUUGUCUUUCUUCCGUUCGCUGCAUUCUUCAGUAGACACUUCUGGUUUAAAAGUAAGCGUUAAGAGCUCCACUACCUUUCGCCUGUGUGCUUGUCGAGGACAUAAACCAUUCUUUGUGUAAACGGCUCUGGCGGCUGCUGAACCUUUUUCUUCACCGC